AUGAUGAAGCCCAACUCAGUGUCGCGAGAAUUCGUGUCGUCCAACAAGCCGGACCUCGAGGAUAGUAAUGAUGCGGCGCCGGCUGCUUCCGGCGGCGGCGGAGAAGGAGCAGGCCAAAGCGAAGUCAAGAAAAAGCCAGGGACCAAGACGGUUGAGCUGUAA